GAACACACGAUCAAAAUGUCUGGUUGGGACGACAAGCCUACUGUCAUCGGCUACGGCCAGAAGCGCGCGACGGUUGCCAAGGGCUCGGCGCUGAAUGCCGCCCAGCGCGCCGGCACGGUCACGUCCACCACGGCCAAGGGGCGCACGCAGACCACCGGCCCGGCCGACUACCAGCGCCUGGGCAAACUGGACGCUGACGACGCGCCCAAGCCGCCUGAGAAGGUCGAUAUUUCCGUCGGCAAGGCCCUCGCUACCGCACGCAUGAACAAGAAGAACGCAGAGGGGAAGAGCAUGACGCAGAAGGAGCUCGCAACGGCCGUCAACGCCAAGCCGCAGGACAUCGCCGACCUCGAGGCCGGCCGCGCGACGCCGAACCAGGCACUGCUCGGCAAGCUUGAGCGCGUGGUCGGCGUCAAGCUCCGCGGUGCUGCUAGCCAGAUUGGCCAGCCACUCUUCGCGAAGAAGAAGUAGGGUGGUUGGUAGUUGGUAGUUGUCAUGUAGACUUGCGCUAG